AUGUCGUUUGGUGUCUCCGUAAGCGAUGCGAUUCUCCUCACCCAGCUUGCAGCAAGAGCAGUCGGCAACACUCGCAAAGCGUGCGGAGAGUACGCAGAGCUCACCAAAUCCGUCUCGAAUCUCAGCGUUGUCCUUGACCGGCUUGAAGCUGAGCUUCGACAGCCUAAUCGAGCCCUACAUUCUAACGAAAGUUACCAGGAGGAGCUCAAAUUCCUCACGGCUCAAUGCAAGGUCGGCCUCGAGGAGCUGAACAAGGUUGUGGAUAAAUACAACGCUCUUAGGAGUGAAGGAAAAGGAAGCCACAAAUUAUGGAAGCAGGUGAAAUUUGGAAACGGCGAGGUGGUAAACAUUGAAACAUUGAAAAAUAAGCUGGUAUACUAUACCUCUGCUCUCACCCUGUAUAUCAACAUGAUUGUUCUUGGCUGCGUGGGGAGGGUCGAAAAGCAGAUGGACGAUGCCGGCGGAGAUCUGAAAGACAUCAAAGUAGCAGUGAACAAUAUUUCGGCGCAGAUUCAGGCUAAUAACAGGCAUGAGGAAUCCAUACUCACCGAUUACCCGGGUGAUGACAAGACGGUCUGGAAGGAUCUCCGCCGAGAGUUAGUAAGAGACGGCUUUUCGAGUGAGGUGAUACAGAGACGUAAAAGAACGAUCAUCGCUUAUUUCAAAGAGCUCGGCGAGAGGGGAAUACUUGACGAUGUUGAGCCUUUGUCUCACGUGCACAGAAACGUAAAAGCCUUCACACCACCUGUCAAGAACGAUGUAGAGCCGACUUCCGCUGUAGACUCAUGGUUAUGGCCAGUGCCGGCUCGGACAGUGCAACCAAAUCACGAAUCGCAAAAAGGGAAGAGAAGGUUGCCAAAUAAUGCCCCUUUCGGACACUCACUCAGAGACUCCUGCAGCGACGGGGCUCGUUCCAGCAAUAAGAACUCCUCGGACGUUUCGCCCACAUUAUCUCAAGAGCUGCCAAUCCAUGAAUUCCGUGAUGGUUUGACACCCCAAACUCAAAAUAGUGGCACGAAAGGUACAGUAACAAUCAUGGAGCAAGAUCUUCGAUCUUCGUCUCAGACUCAACUCGAUAAAGAAGCAAGUCCAAGCUCAAAGGAUGCUACUUCGCUAUCGUGCGGCCUCUCUGAAACCACUGACGCUGCGCACGACUUUCAGGCUAAAACGAAUUCCUCAGCGGUUUGGGUCUUCGGUUCCUGGUCAUCGCCGAGAACUUCUUCGACAAUACUUAGCAUUUACCCACCGCAGGUUUUUAAUUUCUUGCUACCGUGGCUCGGAAGACCGGGUAUGAGCGAGAGCUACCUGAGACUUCAAGUCAUAUUUGACUCUGUUGGAAGUGACCAACUUUAUACUAAUUUUCUUUAUAGUCAUCAUGCUUUCAGCCAAUUGGUGGAAGAAAACGAUUGUAUUUGUCAAGCUGAAAUAAAGCCAACAAAUCUCGUGUAUAGUGUCACAGGGUUAGAGAUGCCGACUUCGUUGGGUGGAGUGAGAUUAGUCAAAGUCAAUGAGGUUCCAAAUGGUUCAAGCUUAUCCGAGAUCAGGUCUUACUCGGUAGAUGAACCCAUCAAAUCUUUAUUGUCAGGAGACAAGAAAUUGGGACAUUUCCUUUGUGAUGGUCUCCCAAUCACCACUGUCAGCCGAGUGAAUUUGACGUCACACUAUUUCGAAAGAUUAGAAAAGGCACCUCUUGUGCAGCAUAAGACCAAAUGGAAAAAUGAAUGGAAGUAUCGGGCGGCAGGACCUUGGUGUAAAAGUGAAAAUAAUGCGCAGGAAGUCCAGCGCAAUGUUUGA